CAGUGGCGCAAAGAUGAUGCUUUUGUUCUGAAAUUCCACACCGGAAGCAGUGCUAUCGUAAUACGGAAGUGUGUUAUUACCUCGUGUGUUUAAGGUGGCCUGUUAAGCUCGACAGCAGCUGUCCCUGGUCAGAAUCACCAGCAGUAUGUCCUCUCAUCAUGAGGAUGGUGCUGCACAGCAGACCUCUCACACACCUGACCCAUCCCUUUCAUCCAGCACCGAGACUGAUUCUGCCAUCAUCACAGUCACCAUCGGAGCCACCGUGCCCACUGGCUUCGAGCACACAGCUGCUGAGGAGGUUAAAGAAAAGAUUGGAGUUGAUGCACGAAUCAGCAAAGAUCGUGGCCGUAUAUAUUUUCCAAUCACUACUGACAAACUUUUCCAGGUCCAUCUUCUGCGAUCUGUAGACAACCUGUUUGUUGUAGUUGAUGAAUAUGAUCAUUACCAAUUCAAAGAAUCAAAGGAGGAAACAUUGAUGGAGCUGCAACAGCUUGCCUCCGAACUUCCAUGGAAUAAUGCUCUGAAAGUCUGGGAGCUCAACAGAACACUUAAAAAGAAGAAAGGCCACAGGAAAGGAGGAAACGUCAUGAAAGCAAAAGCUAACAGUGACGUCAGUAACGUGGUUGCUGCAGACACCGAGCAGCAAACAUUAACUCAGGAGACGUCUCCGGCUGAAGGCGACACCAAGCCGGAGGACGCGCCUGACUCGGAGAGCUGCCAGCAGGGCUCGGAGGCAGCGUUGCCUGAGGCCAAGCUCGUCAAAUUUCGUGUGACGUGCAACCGGGCCGGGGACAAACACAGCUUCUCUUCUAACGAGGCAGCUCGAGACUUCGGUGGGGCUGUGCAAGAAUUCUUCCAGUGGAAAGCAGACAUGACAAAAUUUGACAUAGAGGUUUUACUGAAUAUACAAAACAAUGAGGUAGUGGUCGGGAUUGCACUCACUGAGGAGAGUCUUCACAGGAGAAACAUCAGUCACUUUGGGCCCACCACCCUGCGUUCCACACUGUGCUAUGGCAUGCUCAGGUUAUGUAAACUUCAGGAAUCUGAUGUAGUAAUUGAUCCAAUGUGUGGAACAGGAGCAAUACCACUGGAGGGUGCUAUUGAGUUUAACAGCUCAUUCUACAUCGCUGGGGAUAACCAUGACAUGGCAGUUAAUCGCACCGUUAAUAACAUCUGUCACAUCCAGAAAAGGAGAGCAGCGAAGGGCAGCACACCUGGAUUGCCUAUUGAUACGGUGCAGUGGGACAUUUGCAACUUGCCCAUUAGGACCGGCUCUGUUGACGUUGGCGUCACGGACAUGCCCUUUGGGAAGAGAAUUGGCUCAAGGAAGAAAAACUGGGACCUGUAUCCUUCCUGUCUUAGAGAGAUGGCUCGUGUCUGCAGACCAGGCACAGGAAGGGCCGUCAUCUUGACCCAGGACAAGAAAUGCUUCGCCAAGACCAUUUCGAGGAUGGGAGGGCUAUGGAGGCUGAUGCUUACUGUUUGGGUGAAUGUUGGUGGUUUACAUGCUGGAGUCUACCUCCUCAAGAGGACCGCAGCCGUGUUUGGCCAAACUCCUGAAGACGUUCAUGAAUCAAGAAGGACAACUGACGCACAGAUGGAUGUGAAGAAAGAUGAGGAACUCUCUUAGAUCUCAUCCUGUGCGUAAUGAGGCUGCAGAGGAUUAACGUUAUUAAAAUCAACCAGACCAGUUUUUGCUUUUGAUUGUUGCUCUCUGGUCCAAAAAGUCCUUUUGUCUGUAAUUUCUGAAAGAAGCUGUCAUGUUCAACAGCAGCUGAAAGAUUCUCACUCCUUUUGACAUUUUAUCAUAUUCUGUGUUUGCUUCAUAAACCUGACCAUCUUAGCUGUGUUUAUUGUUUGGGAGCUGCAGGUCAUUUUAUUAAUAAAGGUUCAUUCAUUCUGUUCAGUAA